CCCAUCUUGGCCUUCCAAAGUGCUGGGAUUAUAAGCAUGAACCACCAUGCCCAGCCCCAACCUCUUAAAAAUUGAAGCUGCUUCAUUUUUACCAUUGGUACUUUUUACACCUCAUCAUAUUCUUCUUCCCCUUCAUCCCAUAGAAUACACAAUUCAUCUUUAACAACUUCAGGUUAACUGAGUCUGUGAAGCCUAAUCUAAUGACAUAAAGUUAAAAUAAUUUGAUUCUCUUUUGUUAAAUCAUUCUGCCCCUUGUCUACAUUACUCUAAUAACAGCUUUGGACAUUCAUUCAUUUAAUGAAUAUUCAUUGCUGCAAGAAUGAGAUGUUUAAGGUAAAACUCAGCCAUGCAGAUAGCCGGAAGCCACUGGCUGUGAGAAUCAAAGAGCCAAAAGAAUGAGGAGCUGAAACAUUGAGAGCCCCAGAGCAGCGAGUUAGGAAGAAGGAGACCUGGAACUGAGUGGUGGGCACUCCAUCCUGAAGAGGUCCAGGAGAAGGGGCAAGUCUGGCAGCAAAGGAGACUGAAAGAAGUGACAAGGAGUGAAAUGCUCAUGUUUGUUUAUGUGUUUAUCCCCUUAUCAGGUUGUCAGCUUUUUGAGAGCAGUCAUGGUGUUUCACUCAUCUUAUAUCCCAAAAACUCAGCUCAGUUGCAAAAUAAGAACUCAGUUGUGUUUUGAGUUUUUAUUUUUGUGGGGUUUUAUAUGUAUAUAUAUUAAGGACCCCAAGGAAUAUGUGUUUCUAAUAUGAUUUCGCUUCCACAGUCUGUAACAUGAGGUAUACAAUGUUCAUGGUUAACUUUACCAGCAAGCUUUGUAAAAUGUUAUCCCCUUAUUUCUUUUCCACAUCUCCCAAUUCUGAUCAUGUUGCCAUUACAGGGGCCAGUGUCAUUCAAAGACGUGGCAGUGGACUUCACCCAGGAGGAGUGGCAGCAACUGGACCCUGAUGAGAAGAUAACAUACAGGGAUGUGAUGCUGGAGAACUAUAGCCAUCUUGUUUCUGUGGGAUGUGAUAUCACCAAGCCAAAUGUCAUCGUUAAGUUGGAGCAGGGAGAAGAGCCAUGGAUAACGGAAGAUGAAUUUCCAUGUCAGCAUAGUCCAGAAGUCUGGAAAGUUGAUGACCUAAUAGAGAGAAUCCAAGAAAAUGAAGACAAACAUUCAAGGCCCGCUGUUUGUAUCGACAACAAAACCCUGACUGAAGAGAAGGAGAAUACCUUUGGUCAAACCUAUAUGGAAACAAGCCUUGUUCCUUCAAGCAUAAUAGCUCAUAAUUGUGUCUCUUGUGGAAAGAAUUUAGAAUCUAUUUCAGAAUUAAUUAGUAGUGAUGGAAGCUAUGCCAGGACAAAACCUGACGAGUGUAAUGAAUGUGAGAAAACAUAUCAUGGAGAGAAAACAUAUGAAUUUAAUCAAAAUGGGGAUACCUGUUCUCAAAGUGAAGAAAAUAUUCUUCAGAAAAUUAAUAUUUUGGAGAAACCCUUUGAGUAUAAUGAAUGCAUGGAAGCCUUAGACAAUGAAGCUGUUUUUAUUGCUCAUAAGAGAGCUUACAUAGGGGAGAAGCCCUAUGAGUGGAAUGAUUCUGAACCAGACUUCAUGCAGAUGUCAAAUUUUAGUGCAUAUCAGAGAACACAAAUGGAAAUGAAGCCCUUUGAAUGCAGUGAAUGUGGAAAAUCCUUCUGUAAAAAGUCAAAAUUCAUCAUUCAUCAGAGAGCUCACACAGGAGAGAAACCUUAUGAAUGUAAUGUAUGUGGGAAAUCUUUCAGCCAAAAGGGAACCCUCACUGUGCAUCGGAGAUCACACUUAGAGGAGAAGCCCUAUAAAUGUAAUGAAUGUGGGAAAACCUUUUGUCAGAAAUUACACCUUACUCAACACCUAAGAACUCAUUCAGGAGAGAAACCCUAUGAAUGUAGUGAAUGUGGGAAAACCUUCUGCCAAAAGACACAUCUCACCCUACACCAGAGGAAUCAUUCAGGAGAGAGGCCCUAUCCAUGUAACGAAUGUGGGAAAUCUUUCUCCCGCAAGUCUGCACUCAGUGACCAUCAGAGAACUCACACAGGGGAGAAACUUUAUAAAUGUAAUGAAUGCGGGAAAUCCUACUACCGAAAGUCUACCCUGAUUACACAUCAGAGAACACACACAGGAGAGAAGCCCUAUCAGUGUAGUGAGUGUGGGAAGUUCUUUUCUCGGGUGUCAUACCUCACUAUACAUUAUAGAAGUCAUUUAGAAGAGAAACCCUACGAAUGUAAUGAAUGUGGCAAAACCUUCAAUUUAAAUUCAGCCUUCAUUAGACAUCGGAAAGUACACACAGAAGAGAAAUCUCAUGAAUGCAGUGAAUGUGGAAAGUUCUCUCAGUUGUCGUAUCUCACCAACCAUCAUACAGCUCAUUUGGGAGAGAAACCUUAUGAAUGUAAUGAAUGUGGGAAAGCCUUCCUUGUAAACUCAGCCUUCGAUGGGCACCAGUCGCUUCCAAAAGGGGAGAAAUCCUAUGAAUGUAAUAUAUGUGGAAAGUUAUUCUCUGAGUUAUCAUACUAUACUGAACAUUAUAGAAGUCAUUCUGAAGAGAAACCUUAUGGAUGUAGUGAAUGUGGGAAAACCUUUUCCCAUAAUUCAUCCCUCUUUAGACAUCAAAGAGUACACACAGGUGAGAAACCCUAUGAGUGUUACGAAUGUGGAAAAUUCUUCUCUCAGAAAUCAUAUCUCACUAUACAUCAUCGAAUUCAUUCAGGAGAGAAACCCUAUGAAUGUAGUAAAUGUGGAAAAGUCUUCUCUCGGAUGUCAAACCUCACCGUCCACUACAGAAGCCAUUCAGGAGAGAAACCCUAUGAAUGUAAUGAAUGUGGGAAAGUCUUUUCUCAGAAGUCAUACCUCACUGUACACUAUAGAACUCAUUCAGGAGAGAAACCCUAUGAAUGUAAUGAAUGUGGGAAAAAAUUCCACCACAGAUCAGCCUUCAAUAGCCAUCAGAGAAUUCAUAGAAGAGGAAAUAUGAAUGUACUUGAUGUGGAAAAUCUCUGAAGUCAGAUCUCAAUUUUUAGAAAAUUCUCUGAAUAGGAUGAAUAUGGGAAAUCCAAUAGGAAGUCAAAGAGCUUAUCUGAGAGUUCAUGUUCCUGAAUGGUGAGAAGCAUUUAGGUGUUAGAUUCAUUUUAAUCUGAAUUUUCACAGAGAAGAAUCCCUAAGAAUGUAACAAGAAGGAAAGCCUUCAGCAACAUACGACUCAUUGGACACUAGAUAAUUUAUGCAGGAGUGAAGUUUUAUAAAUAUUUAAUAUUUAUUUUGGAUUCAAAUUGUAUUUACAUAUCAGGGAAUCAUACAAAGGUAAAAUCUGUCAAUAUGGUGAAUGUGGAAAAUGGAUUGUCUUGGAAAUUGUUCUGCUAGAAGCCAUAUUUCUGAUGUAAAAUCAGGUGUUUAUAGGAAAGAUCCCAGAGACUAUAAGUUCUGAAUAAACCUUCAUUGUAUAAAAUGAAGUUUUUAAAUUAUCAGGAGUUGAUCAUGAGGACAGUAGCAUUAAAUAAGUAUAUGGCCAUUUUUUAUCAUGUUUUAAAAAUGCAAUCUAAUGGUAAUUCUAUGCAAGCUUGGAUUUGGAUGACUUA